UGGGAAAUAAUGGAUCCGACCGGUGGGCGCGAUUCGCGCUACAAUCUGAACUACAGUAUGAGCAUGAUGAGCGAAUCGCCAGAGAUAUACGGUAACCCGAACGUGUCUCUGGCGCGCCCACCGAGUGGUGGUUUGGUCGGGCAAGUGAUGUCCCGCGGUGGGUCCGGCGGGACGGGUUUGAUGAAUGCCAACGGUCCACAGUGCGGUAGUGGUGGCGGUGGUGGUGGUGGUGGUGGAGGCGGUGGCGGUGGUGGCUUGUCCCGCGGUAUUAAGCGCACCAACUCGGAUUGCUACGACGAUCGGCAACAGAUGGUCGGUUCACAGAACAUGACCGGUCUCGAUGGAUGCACCGUUGGGUCCGAGGUGGUGGACGACAGCUACACCUCACUUCAGCCGAAAAAGUCACCACCUAGCAAUGGCAAAAAGACGAAGGGUCGUGUUAAGAUUAAGAUGGAAUAUAUCGACAACAAAUUGCGACGGUACACGACGUUUUCUAAGCGUAAAACCGGCAUCAUGAAGAAGGCAUAUGAACUGUCAACGCUGACCGGCACGCAGGUGAUGCUGCUGGUGGCCUCCGAAACCGGUCACGUGUACACAUUUGCGACUCGCAAACUGCAACCGAUGAUCACGUCGGAGGCGGGCAAGGCGCUCAUCCAGACCUGCCUGAAUUCGCCCGAUCCGCCGACGGGUUCAUCCGGUGACCAGCGCAUGUCCGCGACCGGGUUCGAAGAGACCGAGCUCAGCUACAACAUCGGCGACGAAGACUCCAAAGAUGAUCGGUCACCGAUGUCGUCCGGCAGUGAAUCGGACGAUUAUUCGCCGCCGGAGUCGCCCCCUGCAGGUCCUAGCGUUAAUAUUAGCAAUAAGGGCAAUGCCAGUAAUAGCAAUAGUCAUCACCAGGCAGGCAGUUUGAGUGACAAACCCUCAACCAGAAGUGCAGCAUUGCAUAAUCUGGGAGGCACGGUAACAUCCACCAGUGCCGGAACGACAGCUACCAAUGUGCUGUCUGCUAAUGCAGCAACGAUAAAUGCAAUCCAGCAGCAAAUCCAGCAACAACAGGAGGCACUCCAACAGCAAAUUCAAAAUCGCCACCAGCAGUUACAGCAGCAAAAACCGCAAUCAAAGUCCGGCAAAGCUAAAUCCACUACGGUGAAGAUAAAACAGGAAACUGCAUCAGUAAUAUCGCCUUCAACAUCAGGCGCCGCCGUCCCAACAUCAUCAACACACAUCGCACCGGUAACUACCGGUAGUGCGUCUCAGAUAACGAGCAGCAUUAUCUAUCCAGCUUCGGCACUGAGCAAUUUACCACAAGAUAUGCUAAUCAAUCUGCUGCAAUCGGGUCAAAUACAACUGCACAGCGAAGGUGGAACACAACAAUACGUCACCAUACCACUGCCACUUUUGCCUGGUAAAACGACAUCAAAAAUAUCAAAUUCGUCUAACGGACAGCAAAAAUCUUCGAGUGCCAACUCGACGUCCUCCACAUCAUCUAACUCAUCUGUUCCUGUGACUUCAGUGCGUACCGGAAGUUCGUCUUCAUCGCGGCGGAACCAAUCCACCGUUUCUACCAUCAAGACUGAAGUGCUCGAUUAG